CUAACACUCCAUAUAUACCGGCAAAUGUCGUCCUCAACAUUACGACGUGUCAUUCAGUAUUGUUCCUCGAAGGAGAAUCAGCUGAGUAUAAAUCUGGAAUGCAAUAUAUCUCCAACAGCUUCCUGGGGCAGACUUUGCCUAGCUGAUGACCACUGCGACACAGAAAACGCAGUUUGUAGUAUGGAGAAAGCUUAUGGACGCUGCCUAUGUAAAGAAGGACAUCGCGUUGACGAUAGUCGUCGAAAAUGCAUCAAAAUAAAUGUUUCUCUUCUGGGACAAUGUGAGACAAGUGAGAACUGCGGACAAAUGAACACACGGUGCCAUAGUAAUCGAUGCACAUGUGCUAUUGGAUUUACUGAAUCUAAUGGAUUUUGUGUAAAAGCAACUUUAAAACCCGGUGAAGCUUGUUCCAUCGACAUAGAGUGUGGAAAAUAUCAGACAUGUUUCUUAAACGAGAACAUGUUCCUGUCAAGCGGGAUAUUUUCAAAUUGA